AUGUUUCUUUCUUUCUAUGUCCCAAGCUGGAUUUUACUUCAAGAACCAUGUACCGCCACUGUCUCGCUGGCUAUCCCGCACUCCCCUACAACAAUCAGGAUAUUUGCCAGUAGCUUGGGACACAACUUGAGCAUCUUCACUGCGAAACAAGAGGAAACUGAACAUGUCUUCCUUACCAAGAACCAGCCACAUCAGAGUGGUGUUAUGUCCAUCUAUGGCUUUAAUUCCGGGGACGUUAAAGACGAAGUUGCCCCCGAUGGACACUCAAAAACAACCAUCACUGCCACCGUCAAUGAGAAAACGGGCCAAAUUUCAUCAUUCACAAGCCGUGUGCAAAUUCUAUCUGAGCAAUCUAAAGAUCUACUUCGGGAUGGGAGUGUGAUCAAACAAUCCUUACGAUCACCGUUCAACUAUGCUUUGUCUCUUGAAAAGGGUCCAAGCUUCAAAGCCAACUUCCCUGCUCCUGUUUUGGACUCUACUGCGAAAGUGCGAAUUGCUCGCAAGUCAUCUUACCUUGAGCUCGUCGCAGACAUUGCUAAGUCCACCGACUGGUCAACCUUGCGGUCCUUCAUGUAUCCAGUAUUCUUGGAUUCGGGAUCACCUGCUUUGUGGAAUAUGCCACACGUCAAUCUCUCAUCACUUCCUACCAUAGACCUAACCAAUCCUUCCUCUGAACGUCUGAAAUGGCUACGAGUGCAUCUCCCAACUAUGUGGUCCGCAUCAGAGACUGCCCUGAAGUUUAACCCUUCCUUGUCGGCUUCACCGAAUGCCCGGGCCAGAGUGGACUUCAAGGACGGUUUAUUCCACAUCUUUCUAGGCUUCAGUGGAACAGCCGGUCCUCAGGCCUCCGUCUACGGUAUCGACUGCCCUGAAGAGAAGGGCGUGCAAAUGCUGAUUUUCGUAUCGAAGAUGCUGCUUGAUGUGUCGAAUCGCACUGUUGUUCUUGACGCUGCAGUUCUCCCUCUGUACAUUGAUCUCAUGCCGGAAAUUAUGCCUGCUCUGCAAGAGAUGGCGAACAGCAACUAUGCUCCCAAAUCCAUCCGCACCUCCAAAGAUGAGCUUUAUCUGUGGAAGGAAGCUCUGCCUGCCUGGACUGAGCGAUGCCGAUCGUGGGCUCACAGGCCCAAUUGCGAGUACGUUGCAACGGGGAAAAUUCCACUCUCGAUCAAAUUCGGGGGAAGAGUUCUGUGCUCGUGCGGGGAGGGCACACUACCAACUGAUUUUAUGCCCGAAUUUGGUGGGUGGGAAGAUCUUGCAAAGCACUGUGUGCGGAUGGCCAUUUCUCCAGCUUUUGCGUCAGCACUUGUUGACAAGCCCAUUGAUUUAUCCGUACUUUCAUCGGCUAGCGAUGAGAGUGGUCAAGAUUUGAACAGCUGCCAGGUCUGUGGUAAGGACAAGGAAGCCAAUGGUUCGGGUUUGAUGAAUUGCUCGCGAUGUCAUAAAGCAAAGUACUGCUCGAGAGAGUGUCAGAAGGCGCAUUGGAAGAAACAUAAGAAGGUCUGCAAAGCGGAUGGAAAGUGA